AUGGAAAGAGAGGAUUUAAGCAAUUCUGAGCGUAAGACUUCUACUGUAGUUCCCCUGAGUGAGUUUUCACCGAUCAAGAUUUCUUCCCUAAGUAUGAUAAGGAAGGAAAACACUUGCUAUGAAUCAAACUUUAAGAGGAGUCAAUUGUCCAAAGAUAAUAUUAAUGAUGAUGUUGAUAACAAGGUCAAGGUGCUAAUCGCCCCUUAUAACAAGAAAGAGCUGUUAAACUAUAAAUAUAUGGAUUUUGAUUUGGAGAUGAAGAAUUCCCCUAAUCCUAACCUCACGCUAGAUGUGCAAAGCCUAAACUAUUGGAAAUAAGAUCACUGAUUUCGUGCUUAAGGAAGAACAGGAGUCGUUCAAGCUCACUCUCAAGGCUAUUAAGAGGAACUAUGAUCAUAUUAAGCUCCAAAAAUUACAAAAUAUUUUAAAGAAGAAGAAAUAGGAAGAAAUUUAAGUCAAAUAGAAGAAUUUCUGUCAUUAAGCCUAUCAGAAUUAAGAAGAAUUCUUUACUUGGUAUGGUCAUUCCUAAAUCAGGAAGAAGAUUUGCUAAUUCCAUCAGCCUUAAGAGCCAAUAUUUUAACAUGUGGUCACCAAAGAAGAGAGGAAUUCCUUCGAAUACGAGUUUUGCAGCUGAUAUGGAUGAUACUUUUACCGAAAUCUGUGAAGGUGAAAGUUCUGUUUCAAAAUAAUUCCCAGAAUAGUCAACCUUCUUCUAGGAAGAAAGAGACAAUCAACGAUUUGCCAAGUCAACAGCGAAAGUUACUUGAGCUAGCGAGGGAGAAAUAUAGCAGAUUUACUAGGAAAUGAAACAAGCAAAAGAAGACCAAGUUUAGAAGGAAAUCAAAGUUUCAGAAGCAAUUUAAGGAGUUUGACAAGAUGAGUGCUAUUAGAUAUCCUACUUUGAACAACACAAAAAUGAAUAACGGGUUUCAUAACAACAUUCCUCAAUUUAGGAGAUGUACCAAGGAGGAGCAUGCUAGUUUUCUGUGUGAUUUACCAAAACUAGAUAUUUCCACUACUCCCAUAGAGCCUAAGUCUAAAUCCCGAGCCCAAAAGUCUAAACUCCUAAGAUCCCUAGACGAAAGGGACCAUCGCGUGCUUACUUCCUGAGGAAUGGUCAAAAAGAAGGACCUUUUUACUAACCAAAGUCACCAAAAUUAUUUAAAUAACAGACUUAUCAUGGAAAAGUUUAAGCCACUGGUAGAGAUCCCUACGUCAGCUGCCACCCCCUUCUCGGGUUCAUCUUUAUGCAAUAGAAGAAGGCGCUGAGGGGCGAAGAAUAAGGUGGUUUAUCAGACUAAUUUGUGCCCAUUUGGAGGCAAAAGUGGGUUUAGGUACUCCUAAAAUGUUUCAAUUUG